AUGACCAUGGUCACACGUGCAACGCCUCCAACGCCGCAAAGCGAUCUGAAAACAGUCGUCGAAUCUAGGACUCGGGAGUGGCACUUCCACAUUUAUUUCCUACUCCAGUCGCCAAAGGAGACUGCUGCCGCACUCGCCCUCCGUGAUGCCGUCUUGAGGCUGCGCCGUGAUGGCGCGUUCGUUGCUGUUCCCUUGUUCAGGGUUAACGAGCAUCCCAUGGGACCGCACCCCGCAGGAUCAUAUGAAAUCUGGGUGCCGGACUCUUCAUUCUCCGACGUGUUCUUCUACUUGGCAUCGAACCGAGGCGACCUAAGUGUCCUUGUCCAUCCUUUGACUUCGAGCCAACGACGAGAUCAUGAGACCCGGAACGCCUGGAUGGGUACGCCAUGGCCAAUUUACCUGGAUGUUCUGCCGGCUGAGGGUGACAUUCCACAUCAGUAUCCGGAACUGGGACUGGGAUGGUCCACGUCCCCUAAACAGGAAAUUUCCUUGGAGGAGCGGCGUCGGAAAGGCGCGGAAGUUGAGGCUUUACUGGCCAACGAUCCGGAAGCCGCUCCUGCACCCAAGGAUCAAUGA